CAACAGCUUCCAUCGAGUCGCGAAGUCGUCACCUCCUCUACCUCCUCCUCUACCUCCCCCUCUACCUCCUCCACCUCCUCUACCUCCUCAAUUGCCUCGCGACAUCAACAACCCUCCCACAGCAGCAGCGGCAGCGGAAUCAGCAACAACGAAGUCAACACCCGCCACUGAGGCCUACACCGCCAUGCAGCCUGCGGUCUCUGCCCAAGCCGCGUCGCAUUCUGCGGGGGAGAUUCAGGCGAGGGGCGGUGGCUGCGGCGAGGAGGAGGAGGAGGAGGAUGAAGCGAUGCAGUUGCUGACCAUCGUAACCGGCGAUCUCAUCUCCGGCUACGUGGCUCACCUGACGCAGCAGACGGAGCAGCAGCAGCAGCCUGUGCAGCAGCAGCAGCAGGGGCUGCAGCAGGGGCUGCAGCAGCAGCUGCAGCAGCAGCUUCAGCAGUUGCAGGAGCAGCUCCCGGCGGUGCAGCAACAUCUCCUGCUGUCGCAGCAGCAGCAGCAGCAGUGGAUGGAGAAGCUCUGGCAGCAGCAAUUCCAGCACAUGCAGCAGGUGCAGGAGCAGCUCCAGCAGGUGCAGCGGCAACAGGAGCUUGUGCAGCAGCUGCAGCAGCAGGAGCAGCUCCUGGAUGUGCAGCAGCAGCAGCAGCUGCUGCAGGAGCUGCAGAAGAAGUAUCAGCUCCAGGAGGUGCAGCUGAUGCGUCGGUUCAAGCAGCUGCACCAAAUGCAGCAGGAGCAUUUCCAGCAGUUGCAGCAGUUCAAGGAGUGGCAGGAGCUGCAGCGGCAGGCGCGGAAAAUCCAGCGGCAGCUCCGGGAGGUGCGCUCGCUGCUCCAGACCUCCCGGCGGCUCGUGCGGCUGCGUGUGGAGCUUCUGCAGGAGGCGCUCGACACCCGAGGAGACGCGUUGCUGGCGGAGUUCGAAGCCUCCAUCCCAGACUUUGUGAGGCGCGCGGAGGAGCUGGCGAAGCAAGUGGACCCGCGCCGGCUGGUCGUGACCCUGGCCUGGCAGGUUCUCACCGCGGGGCCCAUGAGCUGGGGCUGCGUGCUGUCCAUGGUGGUGUUUUGCGCGCUGCUCGUCAAGAACCUGAGGGCCUCCGGUCGUCUGGGCGACUCGGAGGAGACUUGGCCCUUGACGGACGCGGUGGCCGCUGUGCUGUUGACCACACGCAAGACCUGGCUCAUGGAACAGGGAGGCUGGGAGGGCUUCCUGCGAGCGUUCGGGCCGGGGACGCCCACCUAGGAGAGGAGCCGCAGACGCCGAGCUCCGAUGGGCGGCGAUUGUGGAGACAAGAAGAGAGAGACAGAGAGAGACAGAGAGAGAGACAGAGAGAGAGACAGAGCGAGACGGAGAGACAGAGACUUUUGACUUUUUACACAACUUUUAUUGCCGCCAGGAGCAACAGCACUGGAGGCGAUUCCGAUAUGAAAUACAGUCACCAGCAAACAAACGAAUAAACGCUGUAAAUCCACACGCCGUGGCGCUAAAUGCAGCGCAACACGAAAGAAAAGUCACGUGGUGGUUGUUGUUGUGGUGGUGGUUGUGGUGGUGGUGGUCAUCUCGCACGCCACGGUGACGAGAGAGCGCCUCAGAAGAGAGAGAACGGCCAUCACCAAGCCAUGUCAAUUUUUUACUUUUCUCUUUACAAAAAUGAGGCUUCCAUUAACGUGUGGUCCGACCUCUGUCAGGCGUUGAACAGUGAAAUAGUACAAGUCGUUCGAAAGUGCAUCGUAAUAUCUGCAUCGUUAAUAUUUUUAAACUUGAGGGAAUUAAUUUUUUGGCAGUGGCAAUGAGAGAUGCAAACAUUGAAAUGGCUCAGGGUUUGAAUCAGAUGAAAAUUCAGAGGAGUUAAAACGUGCUAACUACCAACCUAAAUGUUCAAACAAUUGUCGGGGGAUACGUGUUGAUUGUGUGCGUUUACACAAUUUGACUUGAAGUCUUGAAAACUGGUUACACAGAAACAAAACUUACAGCCAAGAAAUUGUGACGUGUUGUUUUAAAUUGCCUGAAUUUCUGUAAAACACUGUUUAAGUGACAAUGUCAGACUGUUGUUGUCUUUGAUCGUUCAUAAUGAAUUUUGUGUGUUCAGCGUUACCGACGUAAGUCGUGAUUUUUAAACGUAAUCUUAACUUUUAAUGGAACAUAAAUCUUAAGUAAUAGAGCUCUGUGAAAAUAUAUAGCUGGAUACUCGCAGUCACCUCAAAAAAAGUAAGUUUCAUGUUCCGACAAAAGGAUUAUUUUGAAAGUGUUCGUUUUUUUCGGUAAAGUCACGUAGGCAGAAAAUAAAAUAAAAGAUAAAAAAAUAUAUAUUAAAAGAUAAUUGUUUUAUUUAUAUUAUCCAUUAGUAUUUCUACAUCACGUAGGGAAAAAUAAGAAUAAAAAGAAUAAAAACAAUAGAAAUAAAAGAAAAUUUUAUAUCAUUAUUUUAUUUUUUGUUUGUAUUAUUAUUUAUAUAAAUUGUAUUUACUUAUUUUAUACCUACGUGACUUUACCAGAAAACACCUAAGAGUAUGAAUCCUUGCAGUCACGAAAGCGUCAAAUCUAGAAUGGAUUAUUUUUAAAUCUGUUCUCUUAGUGUACUAAGCAACCAAAAACGAUAUCCUCAGGAACAGAGGAUGAAGCUUUAGUCAUGGAAUGUCCCGUCGGGUCCUAAAGAUUGUUGACCUGUGAGAACAUCACGACGUCUUUUAUCUUAUAAUCCUGUGGGAAGUCGACAACAUGCACAACACAGCAACACUCACGACAAACAUCGUUUAGUUCCUGUCGGCAUUGGUCAUGACGUAUUUAUAUCGUGUACAAAGUCCUCUUCAAAGAUCUCUGGCCAACGUGAAAGAGUCAAAAUUACCCCUCCCCCCCCCCCGCCUCUCGUGGUGCCCCAUCUGCCAGCGGUGGCACGAGCAGGAAUUGCAGGGCUGUGCCAUCUACCUUUGACACAAUGUCUGCCAAUAAUGGGGGGAUCAAUAAAAACACGGUGAGUGUUGACUGAGAUUACAUUAUUGAUGUGAAACUAUCUGCAAUAAAUGACGUGCUGCGUCCCUUAAAACAUU